AAGAGAGGGAAAGGACACCGCGAGAGACAGCCUGAGACCACGCACCGACGGGGACCCGCUCGCGCCGAGGAAGCUCGACAAAAACCACCGGAGACGAAAAACAACUCACAGGUACAGCACGGCAUGUGUGGCACACGAGCUACCGUUAUCAUCCUAAUGAUGUCCCUUGUGGCUUCUUCCGCAGCAGAGGCAAGUAACGAGGACGGUGACAGACAGGCCAUCGGACUGAGAGUGCAUCGCAUCGGCGACUGCGCCGAGACAGUUUUCCGGCGCUGCUCGGGCCUGCUGGAGGCGAUGUACCGGCUUCCCGCCAGCGAGCUGCGAGGUCUGGCCGGCAUGCACCGCUUCUGCAACACGGAACAGGCGUACAUGCGAUGUGUGGCCAAGGCACACCACUGCCAUACCGAUGAGAUGACUGCAGUCAAGCGCCUGGUGGUGGGCCUGUCCAUGGUGGCUACACACCCCUACUGCCCGAACAUGGACUAUUCCACGGUUCUCCAGUACACCGGAGAAAUCUCGCUCCAGUGCACUAGCCUGGAUGUGGAGAUGUGCCUGAUACACGAGCUGACCCGUACCGGAGCCGGCUGGGACCACUGUGCCACCCGCCCCAUGUCCUUCAAGUGCUUCAUGGACCACUGUCUGCCGGACAACCCAACUCCCUCCCAGCUCUCAGCCGCCAGCAUGAUGGCCAAGGUCAUGGGAGCGACCUUCAGGGAAGACACCUGUCAGCAAGAGGAGCACCUCUCUCCGGACUAUGACCUGUCUGACUUGUACGAAGGAUAGAGGAGGCAUUCAACAGCAUCAAAAC